UUCUUUUUGGAAUGGAACACCUUAUCACAUUGCACCACCUCACAUGUAUGCACAAAACCCGUUACCAUACCAAAUGCUCCAACCAUUUCAAACACAGCAAAUGUUCCGGCCAUUCUAAAUAUCCCCAAUAUGUCACAAAAAUCAACAAAUACAGGUAUUUCACAUUGCAUAACGAUAUCUCAAAACGUUAACGGCCUGAAAUCCAGAUUGCCGGAAUUUAAUGCGGAUGUUAUUGCAAGCAAUGCAAAAAUUUACAUGAUUUGCGAGACAAAGAUUGAUGACACGGUGCAUUCAUCGCAGAUCUUUCCUGAAAUUGCCAUUCCAUUGAAUGCUACGGGAAAAAAGGAAUUGAUCGUUCUUGAUACGUGCCAUGAAUUGGGUUUAGUUCAAAUAAACAAACAUAGCAACCGAAAUAGUUCAACGCUCGACUUAGUUUGGACGAAUUGCGUUGACUUGAUUACAUGCCAUAAAUCCGAUUAUCAUCUAUUAAAAAGAGAAGUACAUCACCCUUUUGCACUUGAAAUUAAAAUUCACGACUUUGAUAACAACCAAAGCAAGACUGCGUUAAAACUGAAGUACCAUGAUUUCAUCGGAGCCGACUAUGACGUCAUCAAUAAUAAUUUGUGCAACUUGAAUUGGAAUGACAUUUUAUCUGGAAUUGACUUGGAACAAAAUAUUAGUAAUUUUUACAAUAUCAUCAAUUCGGUUAUUUCAAAGAAUGUUAAGUUGAAGACCAAAUCUAUUUCAAGUCAUCCGAAAUGGUUCAGCAGAGAUCUCAUCAACAUGAAAAACAGAGUAAACACGCUUCAUAAGCAAAAAAAAUCACGUCUUUCAGCAGUUCAUGAACAUGCGGAAUUGAGAAAACAAUACAAAGCUUGUGCUCGUUCUGCCUUCAAAAACUAUAAGCUUGAGAUGGAACAGCUCAUCGAUGAAGAUCCUACAAAAUUUUUUGAUUACGUGAAUACAUGCAGAAAAACACAUGACGAUCUGCCCAGCGAGAUGGAGUAUGAUGGCAAUAAAUUAAGUUCACAACAAGACAUUGCUGACUCAUUUGCGGAUCAUUUCACGAAAGCAUAUACACAAAAUGAUACUCCCGUUAAUAAUUACAAAGACUGUGAAUCGUUCCUGAGAGAUUUGUGCCUUAAUAUUCCAACAAUUGAUAUCACCGAAGACCUAAUUCUGGAAACGGUCAAUAAGCUGCCAACCAAUACAGUAUCUGGACCGGAUGGAAUUCCAAACAUUUUUAUUAAAAGGUGCAUCCACACACUGAUAAAACCGAUAACACGCAUAUUGAAUGAAUCAUUUAAAACUGGUUUCGUACCUGAUAUAUGGAAGAGAUCUUAUGUACGGCCAAUACACAAAAGUGGCGUUAAAACUAAAAUCGACAACUACCGUGGUGUUGCUCUACAAUGUGCGUUUGACUCGGUUAAUAUUGAGCUACUCAUCCAAAAACUGAGCAUUAUGGGUUUGAAUGGAGAAAUUCUAAAUUGGAUACAGUCAUAUUUGGAUGGAAGACAACAAGUUGUCAAAUUGAAUGAAGCAAUGUCAAAAACCAUUGAAGUUACCUCGGGAACCGGACAGGGCUACCCAAUUGGUGCAACAUUGUUUCUACUAUUUAUCAUUAUUAUUAUUAUUAUUAUUAUUCUGCACCAUACAGCGUUUCUUCGCCAGAGGUGGUUUAUUUAGUAUAAAUAAAAAUAUUCUGGUAUAUUUACAAUAUAUACAAUAUUAAAUUAAAUUCAAUUUCUCCAAAUUCGGUUUCUCUUAAAAUAUUCAGCUACUCUCUGUUUUACAGUACUUGUACUUGCAUUGAAAUCAAUUAAAUAAGUAUCACAACUCGGAAUCAAAGUAAUAUUACAUUCAUUUGGAAAAUUUGGUGGCUUGAUAGGAACGAAGUAUUUAUAAAAUUCGUUGUAUGUACUCAGCAUAUAAUUUAUAGUUUCAAACUUGGCAUAAUUAUUACGAUGCAUCGGCAAUAGUAGAAAAUCUGAGUCUCUCGUCCAAUGUCGCGGUGUUUUAAAAUUAAUUUUGCUCAAAAUGUAUUUCGAUGACGUAUGACCACCAAUCACAUUAUGGACGAGUGAUAUUUGGGCUAUUUUUCUUCGUUCUACCAGCGUAAUCAUUUGUAAUUCAAGCAGUCGGCAUUCGUACGGUGGUUUCCUGAAUCUUUGUGGCCAUUUCAUUUUGCGUAGAGCGAACAAUAAAAAUUGCUUCUGGAUCGAUUCAAUUCGUGCAAUCUUUUCAGCGGUGUAUGGAUUCCAAACUUGGGAAGCAUAUUCCACAAUCGGCAAUACAAAUGUGGAAAACAAUUUCUUUAUGGUCCAUGGAUCAUCAAAUUCAUAUCCAAACCGUUUAAUCCAUGCUAAACGUGAUUUCGCUUUGGCUGUAAUGUACUCAAUAUGUGCGUUAAAAUUCAAUUUAUGGUCAAGUAUUACUCCUAGAUCCUUUAUCACGUGGA